AUGAGAGCCUUGCAGGUCCUUUUUGGGUUAAUACCUUUCUUGUAUGCGAAAAGACCAAACAUAGUGUUCAUUCUAACAGAUGAUCUCGACGUAGCGAUGGGCGGUAUGACGCCGCUAGAAAAGACUCGAAGAUUGCUCGGCGAAGCCGGUGCGACCUUUUCAAAUGCUUUUGCUUCAACUCCAAUUUGCUGCCCGAGCAGAAGUACAAUCUUAUCAGGCCGUUAUCAGCACAACACAAAGGUCUUGAACAAUACUGUCGAUGGAAAUUGCUCCUCCCAAGCCUGGCAGGAUAAUAUUGAACCAAGUACAAUUGGCGCAAGAUUACAGCCGCUUGGAUACAAAACCUUCUACGCUGGAAAAUAUUUGAAUAUGUAUGGGCUCAAGAGAAGUCCUGGAGGAGUAGGGCAUGUUCCGAAGGGAUGGGAUAGCUGGAAUGCCUUGGUUGGAAAUUCUAGAUAUUAUAAUUACUCGAUUUCCCGAAAUGGCAAAGAAGAGAAGCACGGCGACGACUUCAAUAAAGACUAUCUUACCAACUUGGUUGCCAACGACUCCGUUGCUUUUAUUAAUUCCAUGAAGGCCGACACACCAUUUUUUAUGAUAGUAGCUCCACCAGCUCCUCAUGAGCCUUGGGACUCGGAUCCUAAGUACGCUGAUCUUUAUCAAAACCUCACUGCUCCGAGAGACAACCAACAGUGGAAUAUUCAUCGGGCAGAUGCUCAUUGGGUCGUAAGAAACGUUCCCAAUCCAAUGUCGGAAACAUCGACAAAGUGGUCCGACAACGCGUACAGAUCACGCUGGAGAUGUCUCAAAUCCGUCGACGAUUUGGUGGAGUCAAUCAUGAAUGCGUUGAAUGAAACUCAAAUGCUCGAUGACACCUACAUAAUGUUCUCCUCUGACCACGGCUACCACACUGGACAAUUCUCACUUCCGUACGACAAACGUCAACCAUACGAGUUCGACCUUCGAAUUCCAUUGCUCAUUCGAGGGCCGAAUGUCAAGCCUAAUUCUACGAUUCCCUAUCCAGUCAGCACUGUUGAUUUUGCUCCGACUAUCCUCGACUUGGCAAAUCAGAAUUCGAAGAAACUUCGAUUCGAGGAUACGAAUUUUGAUGGUGAAAGCUUCAAGACGCUCCUAAAUGGUUCUGUUGACACGAGUUGGCGCCAAAACCUUCUGAUUGAAUAUCAUGGCGAAGGGUUGAACGACCCAGCAACUGUUUACAACUGCCCUGGUCUUGGUCCUGGAGUUUCGGAGUGCGUACCGGAUUGUGUCUGCGAUGAUGCUUCCAAUAACACUUUUGCUUGUGUUCGAAGACAAAUUUACUCAGAAAAUCUUAACCUUACUGACGAUCUUGUUUAUUGCGAAUUUGUCGACAAAGAAAACUUCAUCGAAGUUUACAACUUGAUUGAAGAUCCUGCACAGCUUAAAAAUUUGAGAGGAACGCUGGAUCCCACGAUGCUUGAGGAUUUAAAUAUGCAGCUUAUUGAAUUAUCAAGUUGCACUGGCGAAGAAUGUUCAACCCUUGAUGUUCCUCCCUUUCGAGUCGACUUUGACCGAACUCAUGAAAAAGAAGAAACAAUUCAAAACGAUCAUAUUUUCUAA